GCGCCAGCCCAGCUCAGUCCCGGCGCCGCGCGGCGGGGAGGACUCCAGCUCCCAGCAGGCCCUGCGCCGCGAGCGCCGAGGCAGGAGGCGCGCCUGGGCCGGCGCUUGCGCAGUGCGGCCGCCCGAGCCUGCUAGUACCACACCCCCGGGAGGGACGGAGGGGAGGCAGAAGCAUCCGAGGCAUUAAAGCAUCCGAGGGAGCCGGAGGGGAGGAGAAUGGAGUGACAGAGACACGCGGAGGGUGGGGGGUGGGGGGGAGCGUGUUGAGGGAGGGGGGGAGGGGGGACACAGAGGGAGGAAGAAGCGGCGGCGGCGGCUGCUCCUCUUUGCAGAGGGGGAAACUCUUGGGCUGAGAGCAGGAAUAAUGCGGUAGGCAAGGCGGGCUGCUGGCUCCCCCGGCUCCGGCAGCAGCGGCGGCAGCCCGAGCAGCGGCAGCAGCAGCGGCAGCACCCCAGGCGCUGACAGCCCCGCCGGCCGGCUCCCUUGCUGACCGCCGACUGUCAAUGGAGCUGGAAAACAUCGUGGCCAACACGGUCUUGCUGAAAGCCAGGGAAGGGGGCGGAGGAAAGCGCAAAGGGAAAAGCAAGAAGUGGAAGGAAAUCCUGAAGUUCCCUCACAUUAGCCAGUGUGAAGACCUCCGAAGGACCAUAGACAGAGAUUACUGCAGUUUAUGUGACAAGCAGCCAAUCGGGAGGCUGCUUUUCCGGCAGUUUUGUGAAACCAGGCCUGGGCUGGAGUGUUACAUUCAGUUCCUGGACUCCGUGGCAGAAUAUGAAGUUACUCCAGAUGAAAAACUGGGAGAGAAAGGGAAGGAAAUUAUGACCAAGUACCUCACCCCAAAGUCCCCUGUUUUCAUAGCCCAAGUUGGCCGAGACCUGGUCUCCCAGACGGAGGAGAAGCUCCUGCAGAAGCCGUGCAAGGAACUCUUCUCUGCUUGUGCACAGUCUGUCCACGAGUACCUGAGGGGAGAACCAUUCCACGAAUAUCUGGACAGCAUGUAUUUUGACCGCUUUCUCCAGUGGAAGUGGUUGGAAGGGCAACCGGUGACCAAAAACACUUUCAGGCAGUACCGAGUGCUGGGAAAAGGGGGCUUCGGGGAGGUGUGUGCCUGCCAGGUUCGGGCCACGGGUAAAAUGUACGCCUGCAAGCGCUUGGAGAAGAAGAGGAUCAAAAAGAGGAAAGGGGAGUCCAUGGCCCUCAACGAGAAGCAGAUCCUCGAGAAGGUCAACAGUCAGUUUGUGGUCAACCUCGCCUAUGCCUACGAGACCAAGGAUGCGCUGUGCUUGGUCCUGACCAUCAUGAACGGGGGCGACCUGAAGUUCCACAUCUACAACAUGGGCAACCCUGGCUUCGAGGAGGAGCGGGCCUUGUUUUAUGCGGCAGAGAUCCUCUGCGGCUUAGAAGACCUCCACCGCGAGAACACCGUCUACCGAGAUCUGAAACCUGAAAACAUCCUGUUAGAUGAUUAUGGCCACAUUAGGAUCUCAGACCUGGGCUUGGCUGUGAAGAUCCCCGAGGGAGACCUGAUCCGCGGCCGGGUGGGCACUGUUGGCUACAUGGCUCCAGAGGUCCUGAACAACCAGAGGUAUGGCCUGAGCCCCGACUACUGGGGCCUGGGCUGCCUCAUCUAUGAGAUGAUCGAGGGCCAGUCGCCAUUCCGCGGCCGCAAGGAGAAGGUGAAGCGGGAGGAGGUGGACCGCCGGGUCCUGGAGACCGAAGAGGUGUACUCCCGCAAGUUCUCUGAGGAGGCCGAGUCCAUCUGCAAGAUGCUGCUCACCAAAGAUGCAAAGCAGAGGCUGGGCUGCCAGGAGGAGGGGGCUGCAGAGGUCAAGAGACACCCCUUCUUCAGGAACAUGAACUUCAAGCGCUUAGAAGCCGGGAUGUUGGAUCCUCCCUUCGUUCCAGACCCCCGCGCUGUGUACUGUAAGGACGUGCUGGACAUCGAGCAGUUCUCCACUGUGAAGGGUGUCAAUCUGGACCACACAGAUGACGACUUCUACUCCAAGUUCUCCACGGGUUCUGUGUCCAUCCCAUGGCAAAACGAGAUGAUAGAAACAGAAUGCUUUAAGGAGCUGAACGUGUUUGGACCUGAUGGUACCCUCUCGCCAGAUCUGAACAGAAAUCACCCUCCGGAACCGCCAAAGAAAGGGCUGCUCCAGAGAAUCUUCAAGCGUCAGCAUCAGAACAAUUCCAAGAGUUCGCCCAGCUCCAAGACCAAUUUUAACCACCACAUAAACUCAAACCACGUCAGCUCGAACUCCACCGGAAGCAGCUAGUUUCGGCUCUGGAAGUCCACAGUGGAACCAGCCCAGACCUUCUCCUUAGAAGCGGAAGUACUGGAGCUUCUGCUCUGGUGGGGCUGCCAGGGGAGCCCCCCAGGAGCCGGGGAAGGAGGCCGUCCAUCCCGUCGACGUAGAACCUCGAGGUUUCUCAAAGAAAUUUCCACUCAGGUCUGUUUUCCGAGGCGGCCCCGGCCGGGGUGGAUUGGAUUUGUCUUUGGUGAACAUUGCAAUAGAAAUCCAAUUGGAUACGACAACUUGCACGUAUUUUAAUAGCGUCAUAACUAGAACUGAAUUUUGUCUUUAUGAUUUUUAAAGAAAAGUUUUGUAAAUUUCUCUACUGUCUCAGUUUACAUUUUGUAUAUUUGUAUUUAAAGAAAGUGAGAUUGAGGGUGUAUAUUUUCUGUGCAGCCACUGUUAACCCAUGUGUUCCAAGGCAUUUUAGCGGGGAGGGGUUUACAAAAAAAAAAAAAAAAAAUGUGACUCACAACUUCCAGAGCCUCAAAUGAGAAAAUGUCUUUAUUAAAUGUAGAAAGUGAUUCACACUUCACCUUUAAAGGAUUGCUUGUAUUUACCCACAUCUAUCCCUGGAGCCGUUUCCUCACAUUGGUAUCACCCUUCUGUCGGCUUGGAAUGAUCUGAACUAAAUGUUCCAGACACAUGUGGGACUUCUCCCUCCCAGCCAGAAUGUCCUCUCCUGGGGCCCUCGGAGUCGUCUGGGCUGAGCCCUUCUCCUCGAGGGGCACGCCGAGCCAGCGUUGCACCCACCUCUGUCUGUUCUUCCUCCAGGAAGCGGCUGGUGCGCAGAUCCAGAUAUUUACAGCCUGGGGGGCGAUGGGCCUCUUUCCUCCUAAGCGGGUCCUGACUGCUAAAGCCAGUGGUUUUCAAGAGGCUUGCAUUGGGGGAUUUUUGUUCUAUUUUUAACAGAAGCAUAGGAUCGUAAAGAUUCGUCAGGAAACCCCAAGUGUCCCAAAGCCUCGGGGCCCGUGGGAGCACCGGGAGGUGAGUCCGUGCGCUCAUCCUAACGGAGCACCGCUGAGUCUGUAGUGGGGAGGGAGGCUGGCCCAGGGACCCGGCGUGUCCCUGAAGCGUUCACAGGGUUUCGAGACCUUCACAGCCCCACCAAUGUGCUGGCCCCUGUGGCACGGAUGGGGCAGUCUCUCCGGGCAAACAAGAGGCCCAAGGAGAGACCGGGCCACCAGAGAGCUCAAGACAAAGUCACCCAGGAAGGUGGGGCAGAGGCAAGAUCUAUCGGACACUUCAAAGUUUCAGGCGGGAGCUCCCAGAGGACUUGGUGGCUUUGCCAGCCCAGGGGACUCUGAAGGCAGCCCCCAGACCCUUGUAGCAGGGCUGUCCAUCCCCAGGGAGCAGCUGGCCACCUCCUACUGCCUCCAUGAAGUGACCAGGGGCCAGUCUGCUCCCACCUCCCAUCCAGGGCAGGGUGAACAUUUGAUCUCACUGUCCCCUGCCUGGCUGAGUCCCUGGUAUCUGACUCUGCCACCCAGCAGCUGCCAGGGUCUCUCACCAUGUGGACCCUGCCCUAGCUGCACCUGCACCUCCUGUCAAAGUGCGGACUCACAGGCUCCACCCCAAGCCACAGAAUGGGAGUGCCUGGGAGUGGGGCCUAGGAACCUGCAUCAUGUAAAAGCUCAUCAGAUCACUCUGAUGACCCUGGAGUGUGAGCACCCCUGCAGUGUGAGCACCCCUGCAGUGUGAGCACCCCUGCUGUGGCCGUCAGCAGGGCUUUGGGGGUGAUCAUCCCAAACACAUUUCUCUGGGUGACGCAGGCAGCAUUGGAGCAUGAGUCGUGGGGAGGACAGUUGUGAGCACACCAGCCAUGAGGCCUGGUUUCCAUGCCUUCCCCCCGGACUCUACCCCUGGGUCCUGGGGCGUGCCUCUGAAAGAGUCCUGGCCUUUGGGACUGAUCAUUUUGAGGUCCUUUUACAAAGAAAUGGGGGAGAAGAAUUAGCUAAUUCUUCUUUUUAAUGUAGCAGUAUUUUUUUUGUUCAAGACCAGCUCUUGUUUUAUGAGGCUCCUUCCAUUACCUUUCUUGGGCUGAAUACAAAACAAAUACAGCCAUAUUCAAGUUUUCCAAGGAAGUGAAAAGCUCUUUGAAUGGUAUUUUAAGAUCCUUAAGCUCUUGCUGAACUUCCUUUAUCAAUGAAAAGAAGGACCGUUGUCCUAGGACGGUCACCAGCCCAAGCCACCACCCCAGCCACCCAUCCAGGAGGUUGGUUCCUUUUGCCCAGUUCAUAGCAGCUCAGUCCUUACCAAAUGGAUUCUUGGUGUUGGAAAGCAGCCUCUUUUUAUUCCUGAAAGCCAGUGCCCUGCCCGUUUGCAGUAGAGAAUCCCCAACGAGCAAGAAAGAUGACAGAAGUGUGGCUGCCAUGUUUCUAGGUCACGACAGCUCUGGUGGUACUAUCACCAGGCCUGUGCAUAGGUUCUAUGAUAACUUCAGUCUUCCAUCAUGUUCACCACCAGCCCUCCCUGAGUGCCCAGAGGAGAUGGGGGCAGAGUCACUUGGCCUGUUAAAGCCUCCUGUUCCUUCUGGCUCAUGCAUUGCUUUGUGGCAAGACAAUGGAAGUCUUUAGACCAGUGCCUUCUCCCUACUGAGUCCCCAGUCCUGUCCCUUCCCCUCCUCCAACCUUGUUUUCUAUAGCCACAUUUUUUUUUUUUUUUUGAGACAAGAUCUCAUUGUGUUGCCUAGGCUGAAGUGCAGUGGCAUGAUCCUGGCUCACUGCAGCCUUGAACUCCUGGGCCCAAGCUGUCCUCCUGCCUCAGCCUCCCAGGUAGCGGGGACCAUAGGCGUGCACCACCAUACUCAGCUAAUUUUUUAAAUUUUUUUGUAGAGAUGGGGGUCUUACCAUGUUACCCAGACUGGCCUCGAACUCCUGGACCCAAGCUAUCCUCCUGCCUCAACCUCCCAAAGUGCUGAGAUUAUAGGCAUGAGCCACUGUCCCUGGCCUAUAGCGGUCAUUUUUUAAAAAGGUAUUUUAAAAUUAAAAGCAAACAUCUUCCGCCUAUCCACCUGUCCCGGAUAAGGUAUAUUUGGACAGUGAACGGAUUUAACUCUCUUGAAUGCAUUUGAGCUCUUCGCCGAAGAGCCUUUCUUGCUCCAGGCAUGAUAUCGUUUUCACCAGAUGUUCACUGACUUUGUGCCUUUGAGGUGAGACAUGGGGUCUCUUAGAAGCGUCUCUGCAUCUGCAUUUCAGGGGAUGAGCUGCUGUCCCUGGUGGACGGAGGCGGCCUCUGCCAUGGUCACCAUGAUGACCUACAAGUGUUUAUUGAGUCCCUUGGGGGCACCCAGAAUACCACCUAGAAUAGCAAGAAGACCCAGUCCCCGCCUUGCGGAGGAUGCACUCGCACCCCACAGCAACCCAUUCUCGCCUCUUCCUUGGCCAGGAACCCAGGGCUCCAGGACUGCCCGCUGUUGCUGUGUCCUGCGCAGCCACAGGAGGCUUCCUGAAAGGCAUUGCUCGGAGGGGCGGGAGCAGGGAGGCCUGGCCUGCCCCACAGACACAGCUGUGCAGCCUGGGUCGUACACACAUCGGCAAGCAGCUGCCGAGACAAAUAGUGGUGGGAAGUCCUGGGGACACACACAGCCUUUGCAUUGACAGCAUAGUAGGAUCAGAGCCCAGGUGAGUCCCUGGGGAUACCAAGGCCUUCCCUUCCUGAAACCGGGAAAUCUCCAUGUCUCUCCUAGGAGCCUGGCCCCACUGUAGAAAUCCCUCCUCUUCCUCCACACCCUGUCCUUUCCCCAAAGCCUCGGUUGUCAGUUCCAGCUACCCAUCGACUUCCCCACUGAGCUGCUGCCCUCAAAACGGAGGGGGCACUGCCACCUCCUUGAGCCUGGCAUCCCAGGCCUUGCCAAAGGGGACGGUGGCUUCCUGGAUAAUCGGCAAUCUCUGAGAAGAAGAGGAAAUGCCUGAGUGACACUCAGCUGUCCUCUGGGGUCCCCUGGUAUGCAUGCACAUCCUUCUGAAUACCUGUAUUUCCAAGAGGUGGUCUCCUGUUUUCAUAACCCGACACUCUGAGAUGGGAUCUUCGAACUUUUUAGCCCUGGCUGUGGAAAGAUAGUGAGUACGAAGUCUUUGUGCAUUUGGAAGUGACAUCGCUGUGUGAAUUAUGAACACAGAGAGCUUCCAUCUUCCUGAUCACAGUAGACCACGACCGCAAAGCCUCCUCUCCCAGAGACCCCUUCUGCACCUGCCCUCCCCACCCACCACCCAGCUGUUGAAGCUCAGCAUGUGCAAGUCAGACCCUGCACAGGCUGGGGGUGUCUCACCUGGCCUAAACAUAAAGGCUUGUGCCGGAGACAGUGAUUGAAAACAUUUGAAAAGCCAGCUCUCCCUGGCAGAGAAAGACACUUCCCCCGAAGUGGAAUCUAGACGUCUUUCCCCAGUCCAUCAAGAAGUCAUUUUUGUAACAGUCUCUAAGCAAGUGUUCUCAAUUAGAAGAGUUUAGUGGCUGUUGGUGUUGUUAAAUAAUAAUAAUCCUUCUAGCAUCCAAAACUUUCUAACUUUUUUUCAGGGAGAUUUGGACAUUAAUGAAUGGAAACUUCCAUGGUGGCGGUCACUCCUGAAGGCAGCGGCUUCCAUUCUCCCACUGCUCUAACUCUGUGUGUUCCGUCUACCGUGUCACAGUGCCGCUGGAUCUAGAUGGAACCACUCUUGUUGUUUUUAAGAGAAAUAAAUUCCUUAAUUGAAAUA